UUGUUUUUCUUUUUUAUUCAUUUGAAUUAAUUUAUCUGUCAAUUGAUGUAAAUUUUUUAAUUAAAAAAACUUGAUUGAUAUAUUUAAUUAAAUAAAAUUGAAAACACAAAUAAUGUUUCGUGAUAAAUUUCAAAAAGGUACAUUAUCAAUUCUUUACAGUUGUGGUGCAGCACCACUUGAAUACUGGGACAUUCACGUCGAAAAUGGAUGUAUAAGACGUGUUACUGAUGCUGAUGUUAAUUCACUUGCACUUGAAAUUGCUGGUAGUAAUGUAUCAACAACAUAUAUUUAUUCACCAAAAGAUCCAAAGGCUGUACUUGGUAUCACACUGCCAUUUCUCAUCAUGAUUAUUAAGAAUUUAAAAAAAUAUUUUACCUUUGAAAUAACAAUACUUGAUGAUCAACGUAUGCAUAGGAGGUUUCGUGCGAGUAAUUUUCAGAGUGUAACUAAAGUUAAGCCAUUCAGUACAUCAAUGCCAAUUGGUUUGUCAGGUGGUUGGAAUCAAAUACAAUUUAAUUUAGCUGAAUUUACAAGACGUGCAUAUGGUACAAAUUAUAUGGAAACAACAAGAAUGCAAAUUAAUGCUAAUUGUAGAAUACGUAGAAUAUAUUUUGCUGAUAGAUUAUAUGAUGAAAAAGAAUUACCAGAAGAUUAUCGUUUAUUUGCUUCAUUACAAAAAUGUGGAAGCAAAAGUAAAACAUCAUUAAAAUCAUCAAAAACAUCUGUUGGACAAAAAUCAAAAGAUUCUAAAAAUCAAUAUAGAUAUGGUGAUGAAGAAAUUGAUGAUUCAUCAAUGAUUGAAUCAAUUAUUGAUGAGGAAGAAUCAAGAAAUCUUGUAACACCAGAAUCAAUUAAAAAAAAUAAACUUGAUGUACAUAUUCCUCCAGCUUAUGAUAACGAUGAGGAUUAUGAAAAUUAUCAAGAAACUGAAAGAGAAAUUGAUGAUGAAAAUACAACUAUUAAACUUGAAGAAUAUAAUGAAGUAAAUAAUUAUGAUAAUGUCACUGAAAACAAUGAUGUUGAUGAUGAUCAAGAAGAAGAAGAAAAAGAAGAAGAAAUUUUGAGUAUUAAAAAAGAAGAACUAGUUGAAGUUAAACAAGAUGAAGAUGAAGAACAUGAUGAUAAUGAUGAACAAAUUAAAAAAGAAUCAUCAUUUAUUUCUAAUAUAAAUCAUAAUAAAAAUGAUGAACAUGAUGAAAAUCAGUACAAUGAUGAAAAUAUAUUUGAAUAUUAAUUUUGUAAACUAAUUAUUAAAUUUUAUUGAAUGAAAAAAAAAAAGAAAAA